AACAUCAAACAUAGCAGACUAGAGCCACAGAAAUAAUCAUUGGAUUGGAUUGGCUAAGUUGCUCUGAUUUGGAAAUGGAGAACACCAAGGUUUGUGUUACAGGAGGCUCAAGCUACCUUGGCUUUUCUCUUGUCAAAAGGCUCUUAGAGAAAGGAUACACUGUCCAUGCAACACUCAGAAAUCUGGGUGAUCCAUUUAAAGUGGGGCUUCUCAAGGGUCUUCCAAAUGCACAGGAGAGAUUAAGAUUGUUUGAAGCAGAUAUAUAUAAUCCUUAUGAGUUUGAGCCAGCAAUCCAAGGCUGCAAAUAUAUCUUCCACUUGGCUACCCCUUUGCAGCAUGAGCCGAAGGACACUCAGUUCAAAAACACUUCUGAGGCUGCAGUUUCUGGGCUUAACAGCAUAGUGAGGUCUUGCAUCAAAUCAGGCACCGUAAAACGACUCAUUUACACAGCCUCUGUGGUGGCUGCAGCACCAAUCAAAGACUCUGGAAAUGGCUUCCAAAAAUAUAUGGACGAGUCCUGCUGGACUCCUCUCAAUCUCUUAUAUCCUCUUGCCAAUCAAACAUUGAUGGAUUAUACACACUCAAAGACCCUUUCUGAGAAAGAAGUGCUGAGGCACAUUAGCAGUGAGCUUGAAGUAGUCAGCAUUGCCUGUGGCCUUGUGGGAGGGGACACCCUUCUCUCUGUUAUGCCUGAAAGCAUGGGGUUGCUCAUUUCGCAAACCGCAAGCGAUACCAAAUGCUGAGAUUUUUGGAGGACUUGUUGGGUAAAGUUCCAAUUGUGCACAUUGAAGAUGUUUGUGAGGCACACAUACUAUGCAUAGGGAAUCCCUGCAUCAGUGGCAGAUUUCUAUGUGCCAGUGCAUAUUUGUCAUCUGCAGAAAUAGCAUCUCACUGGAAAAAAUAUCACCCAGAUAUCAGAAUAGCUGAAGAAUUUGUGGAAGAUUUAGGGAGAGAAAUUGUUUGGGGUUCCACAAAGCUAGAGAAAAUCGGAUUCGAGUACAAAUUUGAUG